GUAUCUUCCUUUUAAGAUGAACUCUAAAAGUGCAACAUGUCCUAUAAUCUGUAACUGUUUGGGGUUUUUAUUUCUUUGUGGCAUGGUUUGUUCUAAGUGUUACAUUCACAGUUCUCCCCCCUCAGCUUCCCUACCAACCCCAAGCCAGGUGCCUGUUGAUGGGCAGGGUUCAGAUUCAUCCCUGUUCUAGCAUGAGACACAGGGUUACCACAAGCCCUGCAAGUUACUGUAUCUAUGUAGCCAAUUUAAACACCUUGUGGUUGUAAUUUGAUAUUUGAGUGGCUAAAGCAUCCUGUUAUUUCUGAACAUUUGGAAUUACCCUCCCUUGGUGCUUUUUGUAAACUGAAAGCUUUCCUGCUGACCUACUAAUCUUCCCCAACCACACACCCUAAAUGGAAGAUUAAGGUUUGCCGUUCUCACUCCAUGUAGGAUGGAGACUAGAAGACAUUUUAAUGAAAUUACUUCUCUGAGCUCUGCAACAUUUUGAACCUUUCUGUGUUAUCCACAGUCACCUUACCUAAGGCUUCUUUCUAGGCUAUUUGUUUUAAAAAGCAGGGAGGCCCCGAGGAGUGUAGAUCAGUGCUUGAGCACUUGCCUAGCAUGUGCAUGGCCUGGGUUCAAUCCCCAGCUCCUAUGGGGGAGCGGGAGUGGGAGCAUUUUCAUUAACUAAAUAAGGCACCGGAGAAGGCUGGUGCUGUUUGAGAGUUAACAGCAUCUUGCAACCUGUGGCAUUUUAACAAGAAACAGCUGCUAGCUGCAUAGGUCUUGGUGAUUCUCCUCUCCUCCUCCAUUCAUUUAACUCUUCCCUUGGCUUGUGCAGAGUUUUUUGAGGGAUAUGGAACAGCCACCCCUCAGGUAGGAAACUGAUUUGGGGGGAUGUGCAUGGUCAGAGUGCCCCACAAUUUGAGAUUUGUGCUUAGAAGCAUAAGGUUUUGCAAAGGAGAGAAUGCUGGGACAAGAGAUUCCACACAGUCCACAAGCACAGGUGACUAAUGGCAGCAACCUGGCACUGCAGGAGCAGCGAAGCUGAGCUGCAGAGGCUGCUCGCUGCGUGGCUCCUGCACAACCUGCAGUUAUGCAAUCAAAAGGAAUGUCUGUGGCAUGCCAGGCAUCUGGGUGCUCCGUGUCCACCCACGAAGAGCAGAGCUUGUGACCCUCCACUGAGCAGGUGACCAGCAAAUGGAGGUCACUAGGCAAUACUCAGCUCCUUUCUACCCAGCUGCAACAUUGUUGCUGAGCUGUCUCUGUUCAGGGAUGCAGGGAGUGACCUGCGUGCCCUGCUGCAGAAACUUUCCUGCACUGUGGGGUGGAGUCUGUCUCCCAGCCCCCAAGCAGACUGACUUUCCAGGUAGCUUCCUUGUGAAAGGAGACUCAUGUGUCCCCAGCUGCUGCUGGACUAAGCGACCCGAGUCUGGAAGCGGGCCCUGUGUUCAUCGAAAGCACCUUACCAGAAGAAGAAUGAGAACUCUGUUUCCUUCUCCAACUGGCUGAGGGGAGGUACAGACAGACUCGCUUUGAACCCUGGUUCUGCCACUCAGUUGCCGAAUGACACAGCGAGUUUCUUGAUUGGUGAAGGUGGGAUUAAAAUAGCUCAGGAAGAGGCGGAGGCACAGUGGCCACUGGGGCUUGGUGCUGGGCAUGCAGCUCGUGGGCCGGGAUGUUAAAGAGGACCCUGACUCACUCCUCCCCACAGCAGCCAGAGGCAGCUGCAGGUUUUCCAGGCCCUGCAAUUGGGAGACUCCCCACCCUCCCAAGCGCGUGGCUAUCUGCCUGUGUUCUGGGUUAUUUCUGUGCUAACCUAGCAUCUGCCACUAGUUGACAAAAGAACACAGAAAUGUGUUCCAAAGCAGAUGCACUCUGGGUGUCUCGGAAGCCCAGGCAGCCCGCAGCCCCUUCCUCUCACCUCAUCCCUAACCCUUCCUAGCUCCCCCACAGCUCUUCUCCCACCUACAGGUGGCUCACAUGUCUGCUCUUUCUUUGUCAGUUUCAGGAGGGUUCACAAUUGAAAGGUGCCAAAUUGCCUGGUGUAAUGUCAUCUGGUGGUGGUUCAGAAUAUAGCUUCCUGCUCACCAAGUCCCAUUGCAUAGACUCCACCCAGCACCUGCCUCCCGGCUGCACACUGCUCUGUAUGUGACUGGCAUCAGAGAAACGUGGGUGGGCAAGUGUAAUGACAGAUGAAUAGAGCGCCCUCGGCUCCUGGGCUUGUCUGCUGUGCUCUUUCAUCCACUCCUGUUUUCUAGGGUUCGCCUGGCCUUUCAAUGCUUUUCUGCUUAGCCAGAGUCUUUGCAGUAUUUUUACCUGUUUUCCCUCAAAUAAACUAUCAGCCGUGUUCUCCCUUUUCUGUCAAGAAUGUAGUUUGUAUGUAGUGCACCUGCCUCACUCACUCCUCCCCAUCUGUUCUGCUGCUUCUCACCCCUGCCCUUGAUUGGAGGCAACAGGUUAUGUGACUGUGUGGCAGAGUUUGCAAGGGCGUUUGGCAAGCUCAGGGCACUGGGCUGGCCUCAAGUGUUUUGCCUGCUAGGCCCUCAGGCUGGGCCAGGAGUCGGUUCUGAGUUUCUGCCUGGCAUUAGCUGCCCUCUGGUCCACUCAGAGACACCCAGAAUCAGAUGCAAGGUUUAUAUCUUGAAAUACAAUGGAAUGAGUCACUAAAGCUUGACUGCUGGUAAAAUAAUUGAUGAACCCUUGAAGUUGACUUUUUGUUUUCCUUCAAUAUCACUUUGUAUAUCCAUUUUUUUUUCAGGUAGGAGAUUAUUUUAAAUUUCAAAUACAUCUUAUUUUCUUUUUUAGCCUCUGAAAGUUAGUAAUACAGGGAUGAAAAGAAUCGUGUCUAACUCAGAGGGUUAUUGUGAUCCUCUGAGAACAGGGCUUCACCUAAUAGGCACUACAUAUGUGUGACUUUUGAAGAUAUUACUAUUUACAUAGGUCACCUAGAUACAGUCUCUGUUGUCCCCUGCAUCCUGCCCUAUUAAACAGGACAAUAUAUUGAACAUACACCAUUCCAUGACUCUCCCUUGAAUGGUUUACUGGAUGAUGUAGUUGGCAUCCCUCUUACAAAAAAGUCUCAAGGGAUAUUCCUUGGUCCUAUUUCCUUCUAUCUUUUACCCAAACGAGAACUCUGUGUUUGCAGUCACCUUAAUCAGUUGUUCAACAACAACUCCCCAAUGUCAAUAUUAAAGGUUGCCAUGUACCUUUCUUUCCCAAAUGUUGGUAACUCAUUUGUACCUUAUACUUAAUGAUGUUGUUAGUUCCAUCCUGCCUGGGGCAGUGGGAGUCAGGGCUGGCUCUGCUUAGACAGGGCACCCCACACACAUCCUGCCUCUUGCCCUCACCUGAUCUUUUGAACCUGAUUGUCUAUAAUAGAGUUCUGAAAAACCCUCAGUGCCUUUCUGUCCCUGUUGUGGAAGGAAGGGCUAGGCUAGCAUCAUCCAGUAAAAAUAUAAGGGGACCCCAUAUGUAGUUUUAAGUUUCUUAUAGCCAUGUUUAAAGAUUAGGUGAGGUGUUUUUUUGUUUUGUAGUAUAAAGGAUCUAACCCAUGGCUCAUGGCUUUACAUUCUGCCCCUUUUCCCCAGCCUUUUCCUUUUUUGGAGACACAGUCUCACUAAAGGUCCAGACUGGCCUUGAAUUUUAAUACAGUUUUUUUUUUUUUGGUAGCCCAUCAAGUAAUAAAUAUCAAAUAAUAUCAUUUCAAUGUGGCCAAUGUAAAAUGGUUAUGAAUGAGGUGUUUUACUUUUUUUUUUUUUAAAACUAAUCUAAAUCUGAAAUAUGGUAUGUAUGUCACACCUGGCGCAUGUCUCCAUUUGGGCUGGCCACAUUUAGAGUCCUCAGUAGUCACAUGUAUCUAGUGGCUGUCUUCAUGGGCACCAUAGAUCUCUUGGCUACCUAAGUGCUGAGACCUCAGCUCCACAUGUUGGGGCCCACAGUCUCUCUUCUUUCAUGUCAUGGCUAGGGUUUUAUAAGCAGGGGCUAAAAGGUGAUCAUCUAAAUUGGGGUCUUUUGCAAGAUUUAAUUUGCUCAAGUAAUGUUCCCCUGGUUCACUAAGUGGCUUUCAAUGGAUGCUUGACGACAGGUUCCGCCCACGUGAAGUCUUGGAGAGAGGCUUCCUGCCGGCCAGGCCUGACUGCUCCUGAGCAUCUGCAGACAAGAUUAGGAGGCUGGCUCUUGCACAGUGCUUCAUGACCUUUAACCUCCUACUGCACAGAGCUGGGGCAAGGGAAUUUCUGUGGAUAGGGAAUAUUAAUAAGCAAGUCAAGCAAUAAAUGAAGGCUUUGUGUUUGUGUUUUCAUUUAGUGGAAUAGAAGAUGAACUCAGCUGAAUUCGGUGAAGAUGUAGAAGAAGUUCUAAAAAAUAACACUGUGAAGGUGGAGACGGAGGCUGAAGAUGCUGCCCUGGACUGCUCACUGAAUUCCAAGCCUUCAGAGAAGCACCCUCUGGACAGCGUCUUUGCUGCCCUCCAGGACUCCAGCAAACGAAAGCAGCCAGGCGGCGAGGGCCAGCCAGAUUCUGUCCCCAGCGUGAAGAGGAGGCGGCUGAUACCCGAGAAGUGGAGGCAAUGUUCAGGAGCUUUGUGCCAGGCAGAGGUUAGUCCUGUUCUGUGUUUUUUUGAAGAGGAGGCCUGGCUGCAGCAGUGUGCGCAGCGCAUCAACGACGAGUUGGAGGGCCUGGGGCUGGAGGGCGGCAGCGAGGGCGAGACGCUGCGGGAUGACUGCUACGACUCCUCCAGCCUGCCCGAUGACCUCUCCGUGGUCAAGGUGGAGGACAGCUUCGAGGGUGAGAGGCCGGGCAGGCGCUCCAAGAAGAUCUGGCUAGUGCCCAUUGACUUUGACAAGCUGGAGAUCCCGCAGCCGGACUUCGAGGUGCCAGGCGCCGACUGUCUGCUCAGCAAGGAGCAGCUGCGCAGCAUCUACGAGAGCAGCCUGUCCAUUGGCAACUUCGCCUCCCGCCUGCUGGUGCACCUCUUCCCGGAGCUCUUCACCCACGAGAACCUACGCAAGCAGUACAACUGCAGCGGCUCUCUGGGCAAGAAGCAGCUGGACCCUGCCCGCAUCAAGCUGAUCCGCCACUACGUGCAGCUGCUCUACCCCCGGGCCAAAAAUGACCGCGUCUGGACUCUGGAGUUCGUGGGCAAGCUGGACGAGCGCUGCAGGCGCCGGGACACGGAGCAGAGGCGCUCCUACCAGCAGCAGCGCAAGGUCCACGUGCCAGGCCCUGAGUGCAGAGACCUGGCAAGCUAUGCAAUCAACCCCGAGAGGUUCCGAGAGGAGUUUGAGGGGCCCCCUUUGCCCCCCGAAAGGAGCAGCAAGGACUUCUGCAAGAUCCCCCUGGACGAGCUGGUGGUCCCCUCACCCGACUUCCCGGUGCCUUCUCCCUACCUGCUGUCGGACAAGGAGGUGCGCGAGAUCGUGCAGCAGAGCCUCUCCGUGGGCAACUUUGCCGCCCGGCUCCUCGUCAGGCUCUUCCCCGAACUCUUGACUGCCGAGAACCUCCGGCUGCAGUACAACCAUUCCGGGGCUUGCAACAAGAAGCAGCUGGACCCCACGCGACUGCGGCUCAUCCGCCAUUAUGUGGAGGCCGUGUACCCCGUGGAGAAGAUGGAGGAGGUGUGGCAUUAUGAAUGUAUCCCCAGCAUCGACGAGCGGUGUCGCCGUCCCAACAGGAAAAAGUGCGACAUCCUCAAGAAAGCCAAGAAAGUGGAGAAGUGACGGGCCUGUGGGCUGCCCAGAGACUUGGGUUAUGAAAGGCUGAGCGAUGGGCACCCUCGGGACCGAGUCACUUUGGAACAUGUGAAUGGUAUCCACAGACAGGCACCUUAUGUCAGUGGGGAGUGGCUUCCUACAUUUGCACACGUAAACACCUACCCACCCACCCAUGAGAAAGCAGCCUUGAAUUUGGUCUCUUGACUUUGCCCUGUAUUCCCUGGUGGCACAGCCCGAGUUUGGGAGGAGCCAGGCUGUCAGCAGAGGGACUAGCCGAGUAGGUCCUCUCUUCUUGAUUGUGCCCUUUCCUGUCCCUCACAAUCCAAAAUGCAAAUUCAGCAGCUUCUGGUCCUCUCCCCACACUUUACAUCUUCCAUUUUUUUAACUUUUUCUUCUUUUUUUAAUUAAAAUGAACCCCUUUUUAAAAAAAAAUCAUUGGGCUCUUUGGGGGCCAUUUUACUUAGAAAAUCUUUUUAAGUAUUUGAGGUGAAGUACUGUAAGAUAAUUUCAGUUGCUGGGAUUUUAAAAGAUGAUUCAGAGAUUUAUGAAUUUUUUAGAAGUGCCAUGUUUGUGCAUGAUGGGUAAUCAUAGCUUCAGGUGGCAUAGAGACUGAUUUUACUGACCUUGUCUAUGACAUCUGAUUUUGGAGGAGUCUCGAUGCCCCUUGGAUGGCAGUAGAGGGGAUGAUAGGAAUAGCUUGAAGUCCUUUCUGACGAUGUGCAAGUUUUUCCUUCUGCUGUGGUCCCCGGGAAGGAGAUGUGCUGCGCGUCAGUAGAAUGCUGUGCUCACUCUGUAGAUGAGAACACUGGAUGAUGAUAUGAAUGUAGAUAGACCUGGAAACACACAUUCACACAAUGCCUCCAUUUGAGCUGUGUCCUUCCCUGGCCCCCUAUUCCCUCUCCACACAUGGGUGCUAAUUGGAGGGGCAGAUUCAUUUUCUUGGAAAAUAAUGUGUGUGAGCAUUUGGCUUCUUGUUGAUUGAAGGGUGGGCUUCUUUGAGUUCACCAAGAACUGUUUACUUUCUGUGUGGGUAUUUGUACAAAAUGCAGGUCUUGGAGCUGUGUGGUGACUUCCCCAGACCUCAGCAUUAGCUCCUCCCAUUAGCAUGGCAUCUUUAUGCCUCUGGGCAGGCCCAGGCCUGGGGCCCUCUUGAGGAUACCUGAUAUUGAAAGGGCACAGGUCAUCUCAAAUGGGGCUCCCAUGUCCCUUCCCAGGUUCACUCAGAACUUUCCCCUUGGGUCCUCUAGAAGGUUCUACUAUCUUACCCUGGCCCAUGCCCUGUCUUCUAGGUGUACAUCUCUCCCCUCCCCACUGAUUGGGAAGGUCACACUGCUCCAAGCCGGCAGUUUGCUCUCUAGGGGCGCCAGUUGGGAAACUC